CACGGAGUCACGAGGCCGCCAGUUGGAAGAGCUUUUGCCAUAUCUCCCUUCCAGUACUCCAAUUUCCCGCAAUGGCUAAUACACCUGAGCCAAGACCAUGUACUGCAUAUGAUGGGCCGAAUUUUUAUGACUUAAACCCUCUACGUGCCAAGAAAGACUAUGAAGCCCUGUCGGACGUUGGUAUACGAAACCUCACCCUAAACAUAUGCGGCAGCGUGUUAACGGAGACGUGGAACUUGGGGGACGCGGAGCACGUUGGUGGCUUCUUCCGAGGGACACAUUCUGACAUUUCAAUCGGGAAGGCCAACACGACGCUGACCAUAGCUCAUGGGCAUCCAUUAAUAAUAUUAUCUGAUGGAUCACCCUGCAAUGGCUCUGCUGCGCAAGACUCCGGCAUCAGACGUUCAACAGCCAUCCGCUUCUUAUGUGACCCAAACGUGUUUUCAAAAGGAACUCCCAGGCUCAUUGCUCAGCUGCCGCCAGAUGACAACGCUGCGUGCGCUUUUUUUGUAGAAUGGCGGACCCAUGUUGCAUGUCCGACCGCAACACCGGGCAGCACUGGUGGUGUCCUCCUCCUGUUCGGCGUAAUAGCGUUUGUCGCCUUUCUGGCGUACUUCCUUGGAGCCACAUUUUACAAUCGCAUGGUUCUUGGCCUCCGGGGAUGGGAACAGCUUCCCACUUUCACUCUUUCUGGAUUGCGGGAUUUUCUUUCUGAGUGUGUCACUCGUCGUUCUCGAAACGAUUUCUCGCAGCCAAGUUGGGGAAGCUGGAGGAAUUCGGGGGGCAGGAAUGGGUAUGGAAGACUCGCCGCAGAGGAGCAGGAAGCAAUUGCACACACUAGAUUCUCGUUAGAUGAAGACGAGGAGGGUGCAGGCGAUGCUCGGCCUCUUACUGACAUUGCACCACCGCACCCGACGUCUGGCGAUGGAAUAAUUAGAUUGUAACUGGGGCUUGAGCUUCCGGAAUAUCCCGGUUCGUUUUGUUCUGUUUGGUUUGGAAUAUUUCAUAUAUACACGAACGACAUGGAUGUAAGUAACAUAUGCAAAAAAAAGAGUGUGCUCAUGAAAAAAUGAGAUACCGUAGAGAAUGCGUACAUCACUCGGACAAAUAUUACGAUGAUAAACACAGGGAAUCAAGCAACACUAUCGGGAUUAAAACCGGGGGGUCAGUGGAGAGCGACAGAUGUGACUCAUUGAAGUCCAGGGGGUUUGGUUUCUUUUUUUGGUUUCGGAAUGGUCAGGUUCUUGUGAAUGAAGGGGAGUACACCUCCACCGGCGAUUGUGGCACGGACAAGCAUGUCUAACUCCUCAUCUCCACGGAUAGCAAGCU